AUGCAGGCAUGUUGCAAUAACAAGAAUAGAUCAGAAUGUGGAGCAGGAAGGAUUCCACAACAGCAACAAAGGGAAAGUAGCCCUGCAACAGUGACAUUUCUGCUUGAUGUCAUCACCUGUGUUGUGAUGUGCAAAACUCUGCCCCCUGAUCUUUGUAGAAGUAUAUUACCUGCUGUUUGUAGAAGUAUGUUACCUGCUGUUAGUCUGCUAGCAUCCAUGGCUCAGAACUGUCAUUUUCCACUUUUUCAUGUGAAUGUUUGUAAAAGUAGUUACAUGAAACUUUUCGGAAAAGCUCAGGUUGAUGUCAAUCUUGCUCUUGGACAGUUAAUUAAGAAUGCAUUAUUUGAAGAAGCUGAACCAGAAUUCCAGCAAUUUGCUUACUUUAAAACAAGAAUAUGUAUGCGAAAUGCGCUUCAGGAUGAGAUGAUAUCAAGUCAUUCUGAAGACAAAGAAGCUGUAUUAAUAACUCUGAAUAGGCCUUUGAUGUACAUACAGCCCAUAGCAUUAGAUAAAGCUGUUUUAGUUUGGCUAAACUAUAAAAAUGCUUAUGAAUACUGGAAUGAACAGAGAGCAAGUUUGAAUAAAGAGGUUUUAACAGCUACGCAGCAGGUAUUUGAGAGAGUACCUCAGAUAUCUCAGUUAAGUUCGCAAGCAUUAGGGACUUUGUUUUUGCAGCUGACUGUAGAUGAUAUGGGAAUAUGUUUGCCACUGAAUCCUUAUGCUGGGAAAAAGGAAGGAUAUAAAAGGAAUAUCUCCAGUAAGAUGUAUGAUACAGAACUGAAAGCUGCUGUAGUUGUUACAUUAGAAAGCACUCGAAUAUCAGCUUGUUCCUGUGGUUCUUUAGUAAGCAAAGCUAAAUUUACAGGUUUGUGCAUUCGAUUUGCUGAUGAUUUUGAAACUUCUUUGGAUGACUGGAAACCUGACCCUACUGAUUCAAAUAUAAUGAAUUUAUGUGUUGUAUCCGAAGGAACAUAUGAAAUAUGUUCAAGGACUGUUGCUCCUCAAGGAAUGAAUAAUGCUAAAUGGAUUUUAAAUGUUCAAUGGCAAAUGGAAGGUGUUGACAUACAUCUGGAUACUAAUAUAGGAAAGCAGUUAUCUGCCUUGUUCAAAACGCUUACUGCUUUAACAGGAGUUGAAGAUGAGAAUGAUGGCAUUGAUUAUGCAGAUGUUGGAGUUGAGAAGACUACUAGGCAUGGUCCAUCAGUUCAG